UGUUGGCUGUGAGCUAGUCUUUCCUCUCUCUCUCUCUCUCUGUUCGCCAUCUCUAUUUAUUUAUGGUAGCGUAGUACAACUUCUGACUAUCGUCCAUGAGUUUUGAAUCUGCUUGGCUGCUGAGAUUGAAGGGUUAGGUUAUCUCUGUGUCCGCGCCUUCUUUUUUUAUAUCAACUUCAGACUAUCUUCCAGUAACUUUCUCGACUUUGAAUCUGCUUUGACUGCUGGGAUUGAAGGGUUAGGUUAUCUCCCGUCAACUUCUCACCACCAUCCAUGAACCUUCUCACUUUUCAAUCUGCCUGGCUACUAGGAUUGAAAGUUUUUUUAAUCUGCUUGGCUACUGGGAUUGAAGGGUUUGAUUAAUACUCCGCUACAAGAUCCGUCGUCAUAUUUUAUAAAAAUUGAGACAAGUGUUCUUGUUCUACUAGUCCAAGCGAGACUUUCUGAGGACAGAAAAAAAAAAAAAAAAAAAACCAACUUAAAUCCAAAACUUGAAGGAGACCAUAGUCAGACUCAGAACAAUAUAAACAACCCAUUAGCUACAUUUCUGAAGUAGGCCAAAGGUCGAUGAAGAGAAUGUCAGAAACCACUGAUUUAUUCAAGAAGUUUCUUCUUUCCAAAGCUGAAAACAACAAGUGUAAAACAACUAUGAACGGCUCAGAAGCCAUCAAGCCAUUUCCACCUCGUGCCUUGAUUCCACCUGAACCUACUCAACCUCCAUAUUUGGAGCAAGAAUUGCUUUCAGACAUUGGGCCUCAAUGGACGACUCACCCAAUGUCAUUCAACAAGAGUACUUCGAAUUUGAAGGCACAACUCACCAUUUUCUACUCGGGGCUGAUUUAUGUGUUUGAUGAUGUUCCUCUUGAUAAGGCCCAAGCCAUUAUGCUUCUUGCUGGCGAAAGCUCUUCGCCGAAUCUCAUCAAAGCACAAACAUCAGCAAAACUUGGAACAGCAGCUCUCCCUUCUUCCAACUUUGCAUCUAUUCACAUUCCAAUAGCAAGAAAGCAUUCUCUCCAGCAGUUCCUGGAAAAACGUCGUAACAGGAUAAUAAGCAAGUCUCCAUAUCCCUCUCCGAUCAGUGCAAAGGAGAAAUAUUGUAAGCCAACUCUUGAUGGUUGCCCCAUGGACAGCCAAACCUCUUCUUCGAUGCCUUCUCGCUUAGGAUGAUCGUUUCCUGUUUCUCAGCCUACUUAACACAAAAGUCAUCCCCCAAAUCGGAAUAUGAUGUUAAAGUUGACUGCUGUAUUUACAUAUGGUGACUAGAGCAAUUUCCAAGCUCAAACAGUCCAUGAGAUGUUCUUUACUUAAGAAGUAAUUAUGUGAUUUAUGAUGGAAGUCGUGUAAACUAUUAGUUUGAAAUAACUGUAAUUGGAAUCUACUUUAAAAUUAAAUGACAAUUUAUAUAUUAUAUA